UUGUGCAUAAAGGAAUUAUUAACGUGCAGUGCAGUCAGUGGUCCCUGACAAGGAUUGACUUGUUCUCGCGAUAGUUUCAUUUUAGGCUUCCCUGCUCUACUUUUUUUUCACUCAAACUAAUCUGCACUCCUGGUCGGGAUAACGGCACUUCGCUUCAGGUAUUUUCUCAGGACAUGUCGGCGUUCAGCGGUAAGGUGCAGACAGUGCUGGGCCUGGUGGACCCGAGCCAGCUGGGCCGCACUAUGACUCACGAGCACCUGACCAUGACCUUUGAGUGCUGCUACUUCCCGCCGGCUCCAGGCGAUGAGGCCAUUUCUGAGGCCCCCAUCGAGAUGAAGAACCUCUUCUGGCUGAAGCAGAACCCAUACAGCAGCCCCGAGAACCUGCUGCUCUACCAGGAGACGGAGGCCGUGAAGGAGGAGCUGCUGCUCUACCGGCGGUCAGGAGGGGGCACCAUCGUGGAGAACACCACCACCGGCAUCAACCGUGACGUGAAGACCCUCAAGAGGCUGGCCAAGGAGACUGGCGUCCACGUCGUGGCCGGGGCUGGCUUCUACGUGGACGCCACACACUCCAGCGAGACGCGGAAAAUGACUGUGGAGAAGCUCACCGACAUCAUGGUGAGCGAGGUUCUCCACGGGGCUGACGGCACGGACAUCAAGUGCGGUGUGAUUGGCGAGAUCGGCAUGUCCUGGCCAAUGACAGACAGCGAGAAGAAGGUCCUGAAGGCCACAGCCCACGCCCAGACUGAGCUCGGCUGCCCCGUCAUCAUCCAUCCGGGCCGGAACCCUGCUGCUCCUGCUGCUGUGGUCCGGAUCCUACAGGAGGCCGGGGGUGACAUCAGCAAAACCGUCAUGUCCCACCUGGACAGAACCAUAUUUGACGAAGGGGAGCUCCUGGAGUUCGCAAAGAUGGGCAGCUACGUGGAAUAUGACCUGUUUGGGACUGAGAUGCUGAACUAUGCUUAUAACUUGGCCGUGGACAUGCCCAGCGAUAGCCAGAGAGUCAAAAAUUUGGCGUUCCUGGUGGCAGAGGGCUAUGAGGACCGGAUCGUCAUCGCACAUGACAUCCACACCAAGAACCGGCUGCUAAAGUACGGCGGACACGGCUACUCGCACAUCCUCAACAACAUCGUGCCCAAAAUGCUGAACAGAGGGAUCAACCAGAACCAGGUCGACAAGAUCCUGAUUGAGAACCCCAAACACUGGCUGACCUUCAAAUGAUCAAUUUACCCACCGGGCAAACGGGCAGGAGUUUGUAUUUUAACUCCGUAAAGAUCUUGCCAAGAGCAUUUUCUAAGUGAUUGUAAUGUAAAAUCUAGCCACUAAUACUAGUAAAUUGCCCCUAUCUGUGCUUGUGAAACACAAUUAGCAGUAGUGCAUUUGGGCAUUCUAACUAUAACUAUUGAUUGUUUAUGAUUGAUAAUUUAUUGUGAGAUUGAUCAUUUCAAUAAUGAGAUUAGAUGAGAUUGUGGCAAUGGCUAAACUCAGCUGCUUAUGUGACGUUGCCACAGAUUCCCGUACCACUGUGGCCAUGGUCACUCCUCUACUGCAGCAUUGUUUUGAGAAAAACAGUUCAUAGCCACAGGGAGGACAGUUGGUCUGCAUAGCACUCUUUUUAAAAAUGUUUUACAGUAGUAACUGCAAUCAAAAUUGAAUGUCUUGUGAAAUCGCGCUUUCAAAAUAAGCCAUGCAAAUA